AUGGCGUCGGCUGUUUUCUUUCUAGACCUAAAGGGCAAGGCUCUCCUUGCCCGCAAUUAUCGCGGUGACAUCCCGAUGUCAGCAGUCGAGAAAUUCCCUAUUCUUCUCAGUGAAGCCGAAGAAGAAAGUUCAGCUGUACCUCCUUGCUUCUCGCACGAAGGCAUCAACUACUUGUAUAUUCGCCAUAAUAACCUCUACCUUCUCGCGCUAACGAAACGAAACACCAAUGCAACGGAAAUCCUCCUGUUCCUCCACAAGAUCGUUGAAGUCUUCACUGAAUAUUUCAAAGAGCUGGAGGAGGAGAGUAUUCGGGACAAUUUUGUUGUCAUCUACGAAUUGUUGGACGAAAUGAUGGACUUUGGAUACCCUCAGACUACCGAGAGCAAGAUUCUACAAGAAUAUAUCACACAAGAGUCACAUAAACUGGAGGUGCAGGCGCGGCCACCCAUUGCUGUCACUAACGCAGUCUCGUGGAGAAGCGAAGGUAUCCGUUAUCGAAAGAACGAAGUGUUCUUGGAUGUUGUCGAGUCGCUCAAUCUGUUGGUUUCGGCAAGCGGAAAUGUCCUGCGCUCGGAGAUCCUGGGGGCUAUCAAGAUGAAAUGCUAUCUUAGCGGAAUGCCUGAGCUGCGCUUGGGGCUAAACGAUAAAGUCAUGUUUGAAACAACGGGGCGUGCGACUCGAGGCAAAGCGAUCGAAAUGGAAGAUGUCAAGUUCCAUCAAUGUGUCCGUCUAUCAAGAUUCGAGAACGACCGAACAAUCAGCUUCAUUCCGCCGGACGGAGAGUUUGAGUUGAUGAGCUAUCGUCUCAAUACACAAGUGAAACCGUUGAUUUGGGUUGAAUGCUUAGUAGAGUCGCAUUCUGGCUCAAGAAUCGAGUACAUGCUGAAGGCAAAAGCCCAAUUCAAACGCCGCAGCACUGCCAACAAUGUCGAAAUUCUCGUCCCAGUUCCCGAGGAUGCAGACUCACCACGCUUCCGCACCAACAUAGGAUCGGUCCACUACGCGCCCGAGAAAUCGGCAAUUAUCUGGAAAAUUAAACAGUUCGGUGGUGGGAAGGAGUUCCUUAUGCGUGCCGAGCUUGGUUUGCCUUCUGUGAAGGGCGACGACGAGCACGGCGGCGGUAUGACCGGUGGAUUUGGAGGCAGCAUGGGAGGAGCAGGCCAGACCGGAAAGGGGAAGCGUCCUAUAAACGUCAAAUUCGAGAUACCGUACUUUACAACAAGUGGUAUACAAGUGCGGUAUCUGAAGAUUAUCGAACCGAAGCUACAAUACCCAUCUCUACCCUGGGUGCGAUACAUCACACAAUCAGGCGACAUCGCCGUCCGGUUACCAGAUGUACAAUAA